ACGCUCUCGGCGUCCCCUCUCCCGGCUUAGGCGGAGCCAGGACUCAGAAUCUAGCGAGAGGAGGGGGCAGCGCCUGCGCCCAGCACCUGCCGCCGGUGGGGGACUUACUUCGGCGGAACAGAAAACUGGAGUUGUUCACCUGGGCCAAUGCACCAAGUCCGAAAUGACCACUCAGCCCCCACUGCCCAUGAUACGCCCGAAGCUUACAGCCUUAGCCAGACAGAAGCUGCCAUGCUCCUCCAGGAAAAUUUCAAAGUCUCAAUUGAUCAAAGAAAAAGAUGACGUAGAUCAUUAUCUAGAGGUGAAUUUCAAAGGAUUGUCAAAAGAGGAGGUUGCUGCUUAUAGGAACUCCUACAAGAAGAACGUCUGUGUGGACAUGCUGCGAGACGGUUAUCAUAAGUCCUUCACCGAGCUCUUCGCUCUGAUGGAGCAGUGGGAUGCCAUGAGGGAGGCUGCGAGAGUCAGGUCCCUCUUCUGGCUGCAGAAGCCCCUGGAGGAGCAACCUGAUAAACUGGAUCACUUCUACCACUACCUGACCAGGGCUGAGGACGCCGAGAGGAAAGAAUCCUUUGAAGAUGUGUAUAAUAACUUGUAUGCUCUGGCCUGUUACUUCAAUAAUUCUGAAGACAAGUGGGUGAGGAACCACUUCUACAAACGAUGUUUUAAGAUUGCUCAGCUGAUCAAAAUUGACAGUGGGAAGAAAGAAGCCGAGGCUCAUAUGCACAUGGGCCUUCUCUACGAGGAAGAUGGUCAGCUUCUGGAAGCUGCUGAGCAUUAUGAAGCAUUCCAUCAAUUGACUCAGGGACGGAUAUGGAAGGAUGAGACAGGCUGCUUUCUCAACUUGUUGGCCUGUGAGAGUCUCCUGAGGACUUACAGAUUACUCUCAGACAAAAUGUUGGAAAAUAAAGAAUACAAACAGGCCAUCAAAAUUCUAAUAAAAGCUUCUGAAAUAGCCAAAGAAGGAAGUGACAAAAAGAUGGAAGGGGAAGCCUGUUACUACUUGGGCUUAGCACACUUAGCUGCUGAAGAAUAUGACAUAGCAUUAACAGUCCUUGACACUUACUGUAAAAUCUCUACAGACCUGGAAGAUGAUCUCAGCCUGGGGAGAGCCUAUGAAGCCAUCGCCAAGGUCCUGCAGAGCCAAGGAGAGAUGACAGAAGCAAUUAAAUACUUGGAAAAAGUUGUGAAAAUUGCAAGAAACAAUUUUCAAAGCCUAGAUUUUGUGAAAGCAAGUACAAUGCUUGGGGACAUCUACAAUGAAAAAGGACACUACAAGAAAGCUUCUGAAUGCUUCCAGCAAGCUUUUGAUGCAACGUUAGAGCUAAUAAGCAUGCCUCUGAUGGAUGAGACAAAAGUCCACUAUGGAAUAGCAAAAGCUCAUCAGAUGAUGCUUACAGUGAACAACUACAUAGAGUCUGCAGAUCUUACCAGCCUCAAUUCCCUGCUCUCAUGGAAGGAGCGCAGAGGUGACAUUGAACCUGAUCCAGUUACUGAAGAGUUUAGAGGAUCCACAGUGGAAGGUGUAUCUCAAAACUCAGAACAUUUGGAAGAACUCAACAGAUUUCCAGGUGAUCAAAAAAAUCAAACUUAAAGCAGCUUUUCACUUAACAUCAAAGCAAGAAGAAAUCCCUCAUGUCACCUGAGACUUCGAUACUUGUAAUAGGAGCAUGUUACAAAUAAUAUAGAGUUAUGAUAAAACUGACUAUGACUGUUUUCAUU